AGUAUCUUACAACACUUGACAGAAACUUGUCAUCCUGCAAGAAACUGCAAAACGCGUACAUAAUUAAAUAAACAAAUGACGAUAUUUAAAUAUCCCGAGAUUUUCUUGUUUUUCAUCCCCGUAAAUGUAAUCAUCCUUUGUGUUUGGAGAAUAUGUAAUCGUAAAAGCUACGGAAAGAAAACAUCGUUGCCCACAAAUUGGCCAUUAGUCGGAAUGCUGCCUGCCAUUCAACGGAACCGCCACCGAAUGCAGGAUUAUAUUACGGAGAUUCUAAUCGAAAGCGGUGGCACUUUUCAAUUCAAAUUUCCCCACUUCCUCAACAUGGAUACGUUAAUCACCUCUAAUCCGGACAAUAUCAAUCACAUAUUCACCAAAAAUUUCUCAAACUAUCCAAAGGGGCCCGAGUUCAAGAAGAUAUUCGAAGAGCUUGGAGAUUCGAUUUUCAGCGUUGAUAACGAGUUGUGGGAAUUCCAAAGGAGGACGACUCACUCGUUCAUGACUCACCCCGAGUUCAACUCUUUGCUGGAGGGUGUCGUUUGGCAAAAGGUCGAAAACGGGCUUCUACCCGUUCUCGACCAUUUUCUUCAAGGGAAUAUAGAUUUUGAUUUGCAAGAUGUUUUCCAAAGGUUCACUUUCGAUAGUAUCUGUAAACUAGUGUUGGACUUUGACCCGAAAAGCUUGUGCGUUGACUUGCCGGUUAUUCCAUCCAUGAAGGCCUUUUGUGAUUCCAUCGAAGCCGUGUUUCACAGGCAUAUUCUGCCUGAGUUCGUGUGGAAGCUCCAAAAACGGCUUGGAAUCGGAAGAGAGAGGAAGCUUCUAGAAGGUCGAAAAAUCGUUGACGAAUUCAUAUAUCCACUUCUUGCAAUCAAUAAUGAUGACGACAACCUCAAUUUGUUAACCAAUUUUACAAAGGCGUACGAAGAAAAAAACGUUUCUUCGUUACUAAGAGGUGACUCGUCAAGAAAUAAAUUCAUGAGGGACACCGUGUUGGGUUUGUUACUCGCAGGUAGAGACACAUCUUCUACGUGUCUCACGUGGGUUUUGUAUCUAAUUACCAAAAACCCUGCCACCAUAGCGAAGAUUCUCGAAGAAAUCGAAACUGCACUAGUUCAUCUCAAGGGCAAAGAUGGUAGGAUUAAAUGGGAAUUAUUCACCGUAAAAGAGUCGAAAAAACUGAUUUACUUGCAUGCUGCUUUGUGCGAGUCGCUAAGGUUGUAUCCACCGGGGCCAUUGGAGCACAAAUCUCCGAUGAAAUCCGAUAAUCUACCGAGCGGACAUUACAUAAAAGAAGAUGCUAAAGUCAUCCUUUCUUUUUAUUCGAUUGGACGAAUGGAGUCCGUAUGGGGAAAAGAUUGCUUGGAAUUCAAGCCAGAGAGAUGGAUUUCAACUACUAGUAGUACUGCGAUAAUUAAGCACGUGCCUUCUUACAAGUUUCCAGUAUUUAACAUAGGACCAAGAACUUGUCUAGGCAAAGAAAUGGCUUUCUUUGAGAUGAAAAUGGUGGCUGCCACAAUUAUAUAUCACUACAACAUUCACCUGGUGGAGGGUCAUCCGGUCAUUCCUCGUCAUGACUGUAUCAUACUUGAAAUGAAGCAUGGAUUGAGGGUCAAGUUAUCUAAGAGAAAUUUCUGAUGUUUAAUCAAGAAAUUUCAUUAUAUAUAUAUAUAUAUAUA